GGACGAGCAGUGAUCGCCCCCCGAACUUCCAAGACGGUUGCUGCAGCAGUGCAGCGCAACAUCCAUCCGCGACCAAACUUCCGUAUCACCGAUCCAUCACCGGCCAUGUCAGGCGCCGGCGCGGACACAGCGCCGUCGAGCGACGACAAGCGCCAGCACCAUCAGCGCACGUUCCGGGACGCGGCGCGGCGGCGGCUGCAGCGGGACGCGAUCGAGCGCGCCAUCAGGGCGCCGCUGGGCACCGUGCUCCGCGACCACGCGCUCGUGCACCUCCCGCCGGCCGCCGCGGCGCGCCUCCGCCUCGUGCACCCGUCGUGGGCGCUGGCGCUCGCGUCGCCGCUCUUCGCCGUCGCGCACGCCGCUACCCCGCGCAGAGCCUCGGGCUUCUUCUCCGCGUCCGCGUCCGCGCCCGCGGGCUUUCUCCCGCUUGACGCCGCCGAUACCGUGCCGUCCCCGGCGCUGGCCUUCCUCCCGGCCUCGUCGCCGCCCGCCGUGCUGUCGUCCUCGCGCGGCCUCGCGUGCUGCUUCUCUCCGGCUGACGACGCCUACUUCGUGUGCAACCCGGCGACGGGGGCCUGGCACGGCGUCCCGUGCCCGCCGCGCCGGAUCACCUGGCCGCGCCCCGCGGUCGUCGUGCUCUUCGACGCCGGUGUCUACAACUUCUGCGGCGACUACACGCUCGUCUGCGCCUUCGAGUCGGCGCCGGGGUCCGGCAUCUACUGCUUCGCGGUGUUCGCGUCGGGGACCGGCGCGUGGCGGAUCGCCGGCGCGGUCGCGCCCGCCGAGGGGCUCGUCCCUGCCUCGGGCGUCGCGGCUGGCGGGACGGCCUGGUGGCGGACGGACAUCGGCACCGCCGUCGGGUACAACCCUGCCACGGGCCGCGUUGACCUCGCGCUGUGCCCCGGGGACAGCGCCCGGUGGGAGAUCGGCUCCGCCGCGGGCAGGCUGCACUGCGCCGUGCGCGACGGCGGCGACGUCCUGGUGUUCCGGCUCGACGACAGGCGCGGUGGCUGGGAGCUGGCCACCGUGGUCUCCGUCUGCGAGAUACUGCAGCGGCCUUGGCAACCGGAGACCACUUUUGAGCUGUCCGACUCCGAGGACGACGACGACGACGAGGCGGCGGCGGGUCAGGCAGAGUUGGAGCGCGUGGGUGCUGUCAUUGCCGUGGCCAACAGGUACAGCAGGAGCAGGGUACGGGUGCCGAGAGACGACGUGAGGCUGCUGCCGUUUCAGGGCGCCGAUGUGGAGGUGGUGCUGCUGUCCGGCUGGAGGGUGGUGGCGUUCGAGACGGUGACGCGGCGCCGGCGUGAGGCCGUCCUGCCGGUGCCGGGUCAGCCGACCACCAAGGAUUGGGGCGUUGUGGAGUACAUCGCGCACACCAACACGCUCGCGCUGGUCGGCCCCGUGGUGUUCAUGGAGCCUCCGGAUGAUCAGGAAGAGGUGUCAUCGUAAUCUCUUGGAAAAAUUUUCAGUGCCUCAUACGCCACGCUUAGAUCUACGUACAGAAAUAAUCAAGCUUGUGAUUGCGC